GCACGCCAUGACAACAUGUAUGUCUGUCUUCUAUUGUCAAGCCGAAGAAGAGUAUAUCCCAGCUGAUGACAUCAUGUCUGCCUACGACACAGUCCAGAAAAGUGCCCUGAAAAUUAAAGGUCUUGGAGCCAUUUCUUCUGGGAAAAAGAAGAAAAAGAAGGAGAAGGAGAGCAAGCAUCGCAUGGAGCAGCUGGUGAGCGGUCAGAACGAGGAGGAGGGCAACACCACAAAGGCCUACAUGGACAAAAGGACGCCUGCUCAGAUCGCCUUUGACAAGAUGCAAGAAAAGAGGCAAAUGGAGAGGAUUUUAAACAAAGCAUCCAAGACACACAAGCACAGAGUGGAAGACUUUAAUCGCCACCUGGACAACCUGACGGAGCAUUACGAUAUUCCUAAAGUCAGCUGGACCAAAUAAGUCUUUGUUUUAUUUUGUGCUUGUUUAAUGUAUUUACCAUGAAAAGUGGCUUACUGGGUCAGUGUAUGUUUUGGUCAUUGAAUUUUCUUUUCUUGAGUGGGAAUUGAAAAAUAAAAAGCGAUUGGUUUAUUUUCAUUUUAUUUUGAAAUACAAAAAAAUAAUAAAAUUGAAAAACAAAAGGUGAUUUUCAUUUUACAAUGUCACAAAUGCAGGAUGUGACACCGCAUUAUUCUUUUCGGGUCAAUCUGCGGUCAUGUCUUUAAAUAGCAAGAAAACAAAAACAUUGGUUUUUGGCUGGUUUUUUUUGGUAUAUCAAAUACAAAAUGAGAAAUAAAAAGUUUUUAGAUCUAGUUAUUGCUUUUGAUCAGUCUUUUUUUUGGUCAUUAAUUUUCUUUUCAUGAAUAUUAAGUAAAAAACGAUUGCUUGGUUUGAAUUUUAUUUUGAAACACAAAAAAUAAACUUUAAACUAAAGCCGUCUUUUUUUUAUUGUCGAAAGGCAAUAACUCCAUUGAACAAACUUUGUUUAAAUGUUUUAUUUUAUAUAACAAAAAUGAAAAUCGGCGGGGAAGAAAAACGGGCCCAAAACGUAUCAUUUUUUGACACCGGAACCGGAAGUUGAUAGGUAAAGACACCACGGACUGGCUUGUAGAAAUAAAAUAAAACAGUUUGGUGUUGUAUCGUUUGUCAGCAAAAAUAUGGAUCAAUUACAUUUGAUGUAUAAACGCAGGAUACAACACCACCAUUGUCCCCUACAGGCCAGGCUGCGGUCUAGUCUUCAGAUGGCUACUUCCGUUCCCGUGUCACAAUAAGAGAAAACAUCUGCUUUUGCUGACUGCUGAUUUUCACUUUCGGUAUAUAUAAAACCUAUUUAGAUCUAGUUAUUGCUCUUUGGAUGGUGUAUUGUUGGUCAUUGUUUAGAUUUUAUUUUGAAACUGACAUUUUAAGGCAUACAAGUGUUUUUCAGCGUCAAAGAGCAAUAACUACAUCCAAAAAACGGCUUUGUUUUCAUUUCAUAUUUUAUGUAACAAAAAUGAAAAUCAGCAGGAAAAAAAACCCGGACCAAAAAAAACAUGUUUUUAAGUGUCCGACACUGGAAACGGAAGUUGAUAAUUAAAGACAAA